AUGCUAAUUUCGAAAUGGAUUAAAAAAGUGAUUUAUAAUUGGAUAUUUUGUUAAAGAUAUUUUGAAUUUAUGUAAUCAAUAUCUAAAUGUAUCAGUUCUACUAUAAUUGUUAAGUUUAGUUAAAUAUUGUAUAAUAAUUGGCUAAGUAUGAUUAAAUUAGAUAAAUUAAUUUCUUUUGAAGGAUUAUUAAAAACCUUAUUACUAAAUGGUUGGGAUAUGAUAUUUAAAAUAUUGUUUUAUACAAGAAACAUUUAAAUUAAUAAUUGCUUAGAUAUUAUUAAAAUAAUUAUAGCAAGCAUAAUUCUGAUUUUAUAUUUUAUUGUGAUAUUUAACAAUUCUAUCUGUAGAAAUUAGAAAGUAUAAAUCUAUAAACAGAAAAGUUUUUGA